AUGAUCGUUCCAUCUCAAACGAAACCGCAGUCUAUGGAGACAGCCCUUCGUCUUCCCGACAUACCCGAGCUGCUAACACAUCUCAAACUCAUUGAUGCAAUCAUUUGUCUGAAGACCGCUAUCGAUAUCCAAGGUGAAGCGUAUGGCAAAGAAGCCGGGAAAGCCUGGGAUGAGUUCUGCCAGGCUGCCGCUGUCAAGUUUGUCGAGUGGUCCGAGAACGUCGACGCAUCGCAGAAGACCAUACCCAUUCCCCCACUUGACAUUCUCAUGAUCUGGCACUCAUACAUGUUGAAUACUAAGGACUACGUACAGUUCCAGGACAAAGCGCGGCGAGGCGAGAUGGCGGGGAAGAGCUUCGAUUGGCACGAGUUGGAGCGCAAGCUCGAGCUAGACUACGAUGGGAUGUCCGACAUCCUGGGAUCAUGGGAUCCAUCCGGGCAGACACAGACACCCAGGCUCGAGAACCUCUCCCCUGCCAAUGACUUCGACAUGGUGGCGGCAGUCCAGCGACAGCUCAAGUUCGCAGAGAAGGUGCACAACGCUCAGUGGCGGCACCCGGAGAAGAUAAACAACUUCCUGGACUCGGCGAUCGGCAACUACAGGGAGUUCUUCACACUCAUCGCGGAGAACCCAGGCGUGGGCUUGGCUCCAACGCUGGCCAUCGAUCUUGUCUGGCACACCCACCAGCUCUCACCCAGGAGGUACCGCACCUACUCCCGGCACAUGACCAACGGCCGAUUCGUCCACCACGACGACAACCUCAACGAGCCCGCCCUCGAAGAAGCAAGCCACAACGCCGAGAAGCUCUACUCGGCCAAGUACGGCGUGCCCUACAAGCGCUGCGCCGUCGUCAUCAAGCCCGAGGACCCGUCGCUGGAUGAAGUCCAGAUGCUUCACGAUCAGGGCGAAGUCCACAUGUGGAGUUAG